CACAUUUCUUCUCUCUUGAGCGCUCAAACAAUGACUGCGGCUGGUAGCGGCAGUUUCCAGGACGGACGUAUUGCCUCGAAGCGUCUCAUGAUGCUCGUGGCCCUGCUUCUCGUCUCCUGCUGUCUCGGCCAUGGCUUCGGCGAUGAGGAUCAUGGCGAGGUGGAGGGAAUCGGCAGCAGUUGCAUGGAAAGCGAGAGGCGAGCUCUCCUCGCCAUCAAAUCUGAUAUGUACGACCCCGACAACUGGUUUUCUUCUUGGACCGGCAAAGACUGCUGUGGGUGGAGAGGUGUGGCCUGCGACCACACCACCGGCCAUGUCACCAAGCUCGACCUCCGCUACCCCUACACAUACACAUACACAUACACAUACGAUAUGCGGGAUGUGCUUUACGAUGUGGAAACAAUAGGCGCCAGCAAGGUAAAUCCAUCUUUGCAAGAACUGAAGUACUUGAAGUAUUUGGAUUUGAGCAUGAAUAACUUCUCCCACGCCCCUGUGCCCAAAAUGAUCGCUUCACUAGUCCACUUGGAAUAUCUCAACCUAUCUAAUGCCAUGUUCGAUGGACCAAUUCCUCCUCAGCUGGGGAACCUCUCAAACCUACACUAUCUCGACCUUCAGGGAUGGUAUUUUGAUGAUUUUCUACACGUUGACAAUCUCGAUUGGCUCUCCGGUAUUCCUUCUCUAAAAUAUCUUGAUAUGAGUUUUGUCGAUCUCUCCAAGGCAAUCAAUUGGUUUUAUGUAAUUAAUUCCAUUCCCGCACUCGAAGUGUUGCGUUUGAGCGAUGCAGACCUGCCAUAUGUUCCAUCUCCUUUGCCCCCUUUUAAUCUGACAACCAUCGCCACGUUGGAUCUGUCUUGGAAUUCCAACAUCACGUCUGCCAUGCUAAGAUGGCUUUCUAACGCCACCAGCCUCGAGAACCUCCUUCUUUUUGGCUGUGGGAGUCUCACUAUCGAGUCGGUGCAAGUUGCUCUAGGAGCUCUCAGUAAUCUGAAGGAGUUGGAUUUGUCAUUCAACUCCCUUGAAGGAGAAAUUCGUGAAAUUCUGAACAAUGUCAGCAGCAGGGGCCUGAAGCACUUGGAUUUGAGCUUUAAUCAAUUAUCUGGAGAUAUUCCUCCAGGGAGCCUUAGUGACCUGGAGUACCUGGACUUAUCAGGGAAUUUUAAGGUCAUCGUACAUAUAUUUGCUUCUCUGGGGAAUUUCACAAACUUGCGACAUUUAGGGUUGGCGGCCAAUUCAAUCAGCGGAGAAAUUCCACAAACCGUAGGAAAUUUUGUCCGAUUGGAGUACCUAGAUUUGUCCUAUAACGACAUCAUUGGAAAAAUACCAGAGAGCAUCGGCAACCUCAGUAACCUAGUGGAAUUACAUUUAUCAGCGAACAAAAUUGUCGGAGGCAUUCCAAAGACUAUGGGUACCCUCAUCCAUAUAAAGAUAUUAGAUUUGACCGACAAUCGUAUUUCUGGAGAAAUAACAGAAACCAUCGGGGGUCUUCAAAAUUUACAGAUAUUAUCUUUAGACAAUAACUUUAUUACUGGAGAAAUAUCAGAAACCAUUGGGGGUCUUCAAAAUUUGCAGACGUUGAUUUUAAAAGGUAACUCAUUUACUGGACAAAUACCUGAUACGAUUGGCAGACUCCAUAGUUUGAAGUACUUGGACAUAUCAAAUAAUAAUUUAUCUGGUCCACUGCCAAAAACAAUGGGUGGUCUGUGCAACUUGACCAUGUUAGAUUUAUCUCAAAAUAACAUUGGUGGGGAGCUAACUAAUCUAUUUGAUGGUUUAUGUGCCUGCACACAAUGGACAUCUUUACUAUCCUUAUACAUGCAGCACAAUCAUUUAAGCGGUACUAUUCCUUCGAGUAUGGGUCGAGUAUCUCAAUUACUAAAUCUAUACCUCUCCUCAAACUCUCUAGUAGGUACCAUCACCGAAGCACACUUUUCUAAUCUCACAAAUUUAAUAGGAUUUACCAUAUCUUCCAACUCCUUGAACGUGAUCCUACCGAAUGAUUGGCAUCCCCCUUUUAAUGUCGAAUUUAUUGGCAUGAGCUUUUGUUAUUUAGGAGCUGAAUUGCCUGCUUGGCUUCAAACUCAGACGCAAUUGACUACUCUAUAUCUAUGUGGAGUAGGACUCUCGGGCAACCUCCCAAUUUGGUUUUCAAAUUUUUCAAGAGGGUUACAGAGUCUUAACAUGAGCUCUAACAAUUUACGAGGUCGACUACCUUUCGCUCCUCAAUUGAUGUUAGACCUCUCCAAUAAUUCAUUUGUGGGACCUAUUCCCCUAAGCUUCACAAAAGCUACGAGUCUCUCUCUACUGUCUUUAUCUCAUAACCAUAUUAAUGGUCGUCUGCCUCCCUUCUUUUGCAAUAUGCAAUCACUUCAGGUUCUUGAUCUAUCUAACAGUCGCUUAAUUGGAGAAGUACCAGAUUGUCCGAACUCAUUCCCCAUCUCUCUACAGUCAUUACAUUUGAAUAAUAACAAUAUGUCCGGAACAAUUCCUUUGUUUUUGAAACAUUGUCACAAAUUAGUUACCCUUGAUCUUGGUGAAAAUAAAUUGCAUGGCAGAAUUCCAACAUGGAUAGGAAGAAACCUCUGGUCGUUGAGAGUUCUUCGUCUGAGGUCAAACGUUCUAUAUGGUACCAUCCCAAUGAAUAUAGUGAAUCUCACUUCUCUCCAGCUAUUGGAUCUUUCUUCCAACAAUCUAACUGGCAGUCUACCAUCAUCUCUAGGAAAUUUCAGUGCCAUGGUUGAGACACAAAAUGAUACCGGGUCAAUGCUUCAUAUCGACACCUAUUAUUAUGAAGAGAGCAUCUUGAUGACCACAAAAGGAUCAAUGUUUGAUUACACAACCAUUCUCUCGCUGGUGACGAGCAUAGACUUGUCAAAUAAUCAUAUCUCUGGUGAAAUCCCAAAAGAACUGACACAGCUUCUCGGGUUGCGCUUCCUAAACUUAUCGAAGAAUCAUUUGACUGGGAGGAUUCCAGAAAAGAUCGGUGACAUGAAACAACUAGAAUCACUUGACUUAUCAGUCAACGAUCUUACAGGGGAGAUACCUUCGAGCUUUUCUGCUAUGCAUUUCCUGGAACGUUUGAAUCUGUCUUACAACAACUUAUCAGGAAAAAUACCCACGAGUGGUCAAUUGUCGACCUUUGACUCUUCGACAUAUGUGGGUAAUAAAGGCCUUUGCGGUAUGCCACUGCCAGAUUGCCCAGUUUAUCAAACUCCACCUGACGCCAGAGUUAAACAUGAAGAUGAUGAGAAGCUCGACAAAUUAUUGGAGUACACCAGUAUUGUGGUUGGAUUUGUGGUCGGCUUUUGGCUGUUUAUUGGCACACUCAUCAUGAAGCAGGCCAUCAGAUUUGCUUUCUUCCGACGGAUCGACAAGACCAGUGACUGGAUCUAUGUUCAGUUUGCAGUUAAGCUUGCGAAGCUCAAAUCCAAAUGGCAAACGAUGACAUGAACUGCCGGACUCGCAGAACUUUGAUUCAGGUGUCACCUGAAUGCUCUACAUAAGUUCCCGAUUUGCUGUUAUUUUGGUGUUUCUAUAAUAAAAGCACAUUGCCACCAGUUCACCUGAAGUAGGAGUCAAACUAGAAGAAGAUGAUGAUGGUGAUAUGCUUGAAACAAUAACAUUAGAUGUUACUAGCGGUGUCGUGGGAUUCAUAGUUGUUUCUGGGGUUUCUAUCGGCGUAGUGAUCGUGAAGCAAGGCUUAAGGAUUACUCUCUUCCAACAAAAUGACAACAUAUAUGGAUGGAUGCAGAUAUGACGAAGAAUCAAUUGAACUGUGGCAAAGUGCUAAGACUGUCUAUGUAGACUUCAUGUAUUUGUGUUCUAGUGUUUUGAUUCAUGAAUGACCAUUUGGUGUUGUCCAGAAAUAAGGUUAUUGUUUAAAGAUAACAUCUGAGACAUGGCGUCAGGAUUGCUCUGUUCCAGUUGAUCGACAGGACUUGUGAUUGGAUCUAUGUGCAGGUGGCAGUAAAGCUUAAGGUUAUGUUGGUCCUUCGAAGUUAGCCGUAUCAAAAAUCUUGUUUUUCCAUGGAAUGAUGUUAUCAUAUUAUGCUGUCACAAUAAUCAUCAUAGAUUGUCCAUAUACGGUAAAUGUAUUUGUUUUAGUAUCAUAACAUCUCCAUCUAUCAUCGUUUUGCUAAAUGAUUAAUCGCAAGUGCACAAUUCUGUCUUCCUUA